UGGAAUUGGGAGGGGAUGAAGAGUGGAAGUUGUUUACGGGCGGGAUCGAUUGAUUUUCCCUUCUCCCACUUCUCCUCCAAGUUCAACAUGGAUCCCCAGAAACAGCUCCAAGCACUUUCGGAAGAGUUCCAGGGACUGCAGACUGAGCUCGAGAAGCUGGUCGACGCCCGCCAGAAACUCGAAUCGCAGCAGCAGGAGAACGAAGGCGUUCAGGCGGAAUUCGCCCAGCUGGACGAUGACUCCAACAUCUACAAGCUUGUCGGCCCCGUACUGUUGAAGCAGGAUAAGACUGAGGCUACCAUGGCUGUCAACGGUCGUCUGGAAUUCAUCGAGAAGGAGAUCAAGCGCAUUGAAAGUGAGAUUGACGCAACACAAGAAAAGAGCGAGAAAAUGCGCUCAGAGCUCAUCCAACUCCAAAGCCAGGCUCAGCAGGCAACUGCCGCUUCGGCCUCAGCAUAA